AUGGAAUCAAUCGAAAACAUCGGCAUCAUCGGAAGCGGUCUGAUCGGUCGCAGUUGGGCAAUGAUUUUCGCCAGUGCUGGUUACAAAGUAACCAUCUACGAUAUCGAGGAAAAACUGGUGAAUUCGGCUUUAGAAGAAAUCAAAACCCAAUUACUGAAACUCGAAUCAGAUAAAACUCUACGAGGUAAAUUAUCAGCCGCCGAACAAAUCCAAUUAAUCGACGGUUGUAAUCAUCUGAAAACCAUCGUGCAAAAAAGUUCCUUUUUACAAGAAUGUAUCCCCGAGAGAAUAAACUUGAAGAAAGAUUUAUACAAACAAAUAGAUCAAGUGAUUGGCGACAAGACGAUCAUAUCGACUUCUACAUCUACGUUUCUACCAUCUCUGCUAUCUGAAGAUUUAACCCAUAGAAAUAAUUUCAUCGUUUCUCAUCCUGUAAAUCCGCCUUACUUCGUACCCUUGGUUGAAAUAGUUCCAGCACCUUGGACCGAGUCUUGGGUCGCAGAAGCUACUCGUGACCUAAUGCAGAAAGUUGGUCAAGCUCCGAUUGUUUUGAAAAAAGAAGUACCCGGAUUCGCGUUGAAUAGAGUUCAAUACGCUAUAUUAAACGAAUGCUUUAAUUUAAUCGAAGACGGUUUGGUUUCGGUCGAAGAUAUAGAUAAAGUAAUGACCGAAGGGUUAGGAAUGAGGUACGCGUUUCUAGGGCCACUGGAGACUGCUCAUUUGAACGCCGAAGGAUUCAAGAAUUACACGGAAAGAUACGCUGAAAGUAUGUACGCUGUGAGUAAGACUUUCAAACCAAUACCAAAAAUUACCGGACCGGUGGCCGAAAACAUUGAUCAACAGUUGGUUAAACUUACACCUGUGGAUAAAUUACCCGCUAGAAGAAUUUGGAGAGAUGAAUCUUUAGUUAAACUUUCGCAGUUGAAAAGAAAUAAUUGAAUAAGUAUAGCACUAGGUACUUAUGAAAUAAUAUUUUUAAUAAAUAUAUUUUAAUAUU